GCGCCGCCGCCGCCCUGGGGCUCUCCCUGCUGUCCACCUGUGCCCGCCCCCUGGCCCGAGCGCCUGCCCCGGGCCCCGGGGUCUCCCCGCCCCCCGCCGGCCCCGUCCCGCGUCCCCGGAGCGCGUCGUCACAGCCGCGGGGCGCGGCGGCUUCCUAAGUUGCUCGGCGGAAAGGUUCGCAUUUAGUUUCCAGCUCUUCUGAAAUGUUCUGACUGCAGUGUUGCCCUCGUUUGCUCGUGAGGAUGGGCGGGGCUGUGAGCGCCGGCGAGGACAACGACGAGCUGAUAGACAACCUGAAGGAGGCGCAGUACAUCCGGACCGAGCUGGUAGAGCAGGCCUUCCGCGCUGUCGACCGCGCAGACUACUACCUCGAGGAGUUUAAGGAAAAUGCUUACAAAGACCUGGCCUGGAAGCACGGCAACAUCCACCUGUCAGCUCCGUGCAUCUACUCGGAGGUGAUGGAGGCCCUGGACCUGCAACCCGGGCUCUCCUUCCUGAACCUGGGCAGCGGCACCGGCUACCUCAGCUCCAUGGUGGGGCUCAUUCUAGGUCCUUUUGGCGUGAACCACGGUGUGGAGCUUCAUCCAGACGUGACUGAGUACGCAAAGCAGAAACUCGACUUCUUCAUCAGGACCAGCGACAGCUUCGACAGGUUCGACUUCUGCGAACCCUCCUUCGUGACCGGCAACUGCCUGGAGAUUGCGCCAGACUGCUCCCGGUAUGACCGGGUGUACUGCGGCGCCGGAGUGCGCAGGGAGCACGAGGACUACAUGAAGAGCCUGCUCAAGGUGGGCGGCAUCCUGGUCAUGCCGCUGGAGGAGAAGCUGACGAAGAUCACCCGCACCGGCCCUUCCGCCUGGGAGACCAAGAAGAUUCUGGCCGUGUCCUUUGCUCCACUGGUGCAGCCGCCCCGCUCCGAGUCUGGGAGGUCCAGGCUCGUCCAGUUACCCCCCCUGGCGGUCCGCAGCCUCCAGGACCUGGCCCGCAUCGCCAUCCGGGCCGCCAUUAAGAGAGUCAUUCACCAGGAAGCGGCGAGUGGAGGCGGGAGCGGACUGAGGACCACCCCCAGGCUCAAGCGGAGGAGAGUUCGGCGCCGUCGGAUGGAGACCAUCGUCUUUCUGGACAAAGAGGUCUUUGCCAGUCGCAUUUCCAGCCCGUCCGAGGACAGCGGCUGCGAGGGCCUGGAAGAGGAGCCGCGGGGGGAGGAGGAGCAGAGCCCGGCCGAGACGAAGCCCGAGCCCCCCGUGAACUUCCUGCGGGAGAAGGUCCUGAGCCUGCCCCUGCCGGGCCCCCUGAAGUGCUACCUGCUCUACUACAGGGACAAGUGAGCCGGGCGGCGGCGGGCGUCCUCUCUGGCCUUCCUGACUGUGGGUUUCCGCCGAGCGGUGGGGUUUCUGUGACUGCAGAUCUGACAAGCACGCAGGGGGACCGCGUCUCGCAGGGACGGGCUUCCUUCCAGCCGCCGCGCUCCCCGCACAGCACGUCUGCCGCUGCGGUGCCAGGGACGCCGGUGUCGGCUCCAAGUGGGGCUGCGUGUGGCACGUGAAGGGAAGCACAGGCGUGUGAGUGCAUGAACUCUCGUGUGUGUGUGACGCGUGUGUGUCUGAGUGUGAACUGGACGUUAUCAGCAUCUUGGUUCCUGGCCCUGAGGUUCAGCAACCCAACUUUUCUGAGCGGGGACAUGAUUGAGAAGCUCCCUUAUUUUAAGUAAAUGAAGUAAGUCUCGGGAGUUGCUGGUUGUGUGUUUUUUUCAUUGUGUUGGGGGAGGAGGGAUGAAAGCAUCAAAGUGCCAGAUGUCCACUGGUUCCAGAAGAAUCCGAGGGACUUUUUCCUGACCCUGUGUUACCUUGGAAAGAACCCACACCUAGUGACCCUGAACAGGUGUCCUGAGGGGUGAAACCAGUGCGAGCAAUCAGCCUCCCUGCUUUGGCCCCGGUGAGGGGCGGACUGACUUUUUGAAAGGCCCCGGGUGUCUGGGGGUCGCCCUGUGCGGCCCCCAGGGCCCACGGGAGGUGUUCAGACUGUGGGAGGGUCCGGGGCUCCUGCACAGCACCUGGGUUUUCUUCUGUUCUCUCACUCCAGUCCGCUGUUGGCCCUGCCGACAGAGCUGCUCCAUAGCUUUUCUCGCCCCUGGUUCUGGAGCAGCACGUUUGCUGGCUUCGUAGUUUCCCUGGAGAACACACACGUGCCAGACCAGCUCUGUGGCAGGGGGUGUGGUUGUGGGCGCGGCUGCUCGCCAGGCAGAUCCAGGUGUGGGUCCUGGAGGAGCGGGACCUGUCCUUCUGAAGUGUUGUCCCUCCAUCCAGCACGUGGGCUCUGUGCCACAUUUCUAACCGGAGGCGUAGUGUCAGGUGUUGACAGUGAACCUGGACUCACGGACACACGCGGAGCCCCAGACCCUCCAGCAGCGUUGCCCUGCGCCCCUGGGGCAUUGCUGAGGUUCGGUGUCUGUGGAUUCAGUGAUGUGACGGAGUUCUGGCCGUUUUUUCACUCAACUGCUUUUUUCCCAAGUAACUGGACCAUCUUCGUCCCAGGAUGCCGUGUGCGCGGAGCACGGAGGUGUCGUCCUGGGUCUGCAGGUACCUGCGCUCCUGCAGGGGCCGCUCCACACCCGUGCUCCCGGCCUGCGGCUGCGGGCCGAGCGCCACCUCCGAGGGGACGGUGUCUGUGUGCAGGCACCACUCUGACCGCUGUGCAAGGCCUCUGGGAGACGAGAACGUUUCCGGACACGCUGUCAAAUACAUGGCAUCCAUGACAUCUGUCAUGUUAUGUUGCCCAAGUAGAUUCUUCUCCUGUAUGUGGAUUUCACUUAUUUCCACCUGUGUUUGCCUUGUAGAAAGGCAAUCCAUAAGACAGCUUUUUCCCUGUAUGUGCUAACCCUUCCCUAACAUUCUGUAUUUACAUGUUGUCGGUUGUUACUUUUAAACCGGAACUUGGUUGAAGACAUAAAGAUAUAAUAUAUGAAAUAGCUUGAUGUUUAUCUUGUAAACGUAAAGGAGAUCUGUGUGGCUUCCUGGGCGCCCCCGUCAGCAGUUCUGCCUGACGCUGGCCGCAUGCUGGACAGUCUAUUUUUAUACGUGACCUUUGUCUUGGAAGUAGUGAAGCCAUAGAAAUGUACAAAACAAAUAUCAAAUUUAUAAAUAUCAAGUAUGUAAUGUAAAAACCAACUGUGUAUGUGAACAUACGUCUGCCAGCCGGGGACUUUGGGGGUUGACGCCAGACGCUGGAAGCAGGUGUGAGUGAGCUGAUGUGCGUGGAGAGGACAGAACGUGAGUGAAGGACGUCGAGACGCUGUAGCGUCUCAGCAUGGCCUUCGCUUCCGGUGUGGGAUAAAAAUGCUCGACCACCUUUUUUUUCAAAAAUAAACUUUUUUCUCUCAGAA